GGUUUUGCACUUAAUGUCAAUGAAAUCAAUAGAUUUGACAGACAUUUACUAACAUUUGGAUCGAGAGAUGUCUUGAAAUGUUUUAUUAAUUUGUUUUGAUUUAAUUAAUGAUAUAAAUGUUGGACACAUUGUCGAUGAAAAUGUGUGUUAAUUAUCACCAUUUGUUGUGUUUGUUGUUAUGGUUGACUCAAUGUAUGGCAUCGGAUGUCUUAUCGGACGACCAGUCGAUUGUCUUACCAAUGCUUAUGCCUGAAGUACAGCCAACUCAGAAAGAGACAUAUCUUUGUACUGCAUUUAAGAUGCAUUCCCGGGAACACCGAUAUAUAGUUGAGUUUCAACCCAAUGCGACAAUGAAUACGGCACAUCAUAUCCUGAUAUAUGGCUGUAAAAUACCCGGAUAUCAUGAAAGAGAUACACCAAGAAUUGUUUGGGACUGCGGAGAGAUGGCUAACUCAAAGUCUGAAUAUAUAAGAGCCCCUACGUGUGCGUCGGGAUCUGAAAUCAUCUACGCCUGGGCUAUGGAUGCGCCCGCUUUAGUCCUACCCCAAGGCGUAGGUUUUAAAGUUGGCGGAGACACAGGUGUCAACUAUUUAGUACUUCAAGUUCACUACGCAAAUGUCGACAAAUUUAUAAAUGGAGGUUUUGAUAAUUCUGGCAUUAUUUUGAAAUUGUUGCCACAAAAUACUAAAAAAGUCAAUAAAAGAGCCGGAGUGUUAUUAUUAGGAACUGGAGGAAUGAUUUCUAACAAAUCUUUAGAGCAUAUGGAGACUGCCUGUACUAUUGAUGAACCUUUAGAGUUACAUCCGUUUGCAUUUAGGACACACACCCACAAACUCGGUAAAGUAGUGUCGGGCUGGAGAAUCACACCCGACGGUCGAUGGACUCUUGUUGGACGACAUAACCCUUUGAAACCUCAGAUGUUUUAUUCGGUGAAAAACAAGGAUUUGGUUAUACGAGAAGGAGAUGUAAUGGCUGCCAGAUGUACAAUGGAUAACUAUUUACCAAAUAUUAUAAGGAUUGGAUCUACUGGUGAUGAUGAGAUGUGCAAUUUCUAUAUGAUGUAUUAUGUUAAUGGCGAUACUAUUCUCGAAAAGAAGUAUUGUUUCACAGCUGGUCCACCCUUUUAUUAUUGGUCUACUGAUCCAAUUAUACCUAACGAUGGCUAUGUUCCCAAAACAAUUGAUAUCGAGGCCAGUCGUCUCAGUGAAGACGAACAAUAAAACAUUGAUAACAAUCAUUAAACGACAGAUAAAGUUGAUAACAGUAAGGCAUUGCAGUAUAUAUUUAUUUCUUUAUAUAAUUUGUAUUAUAAGUGUAUUCAUUGUAUUUAUUGAUAUACCGGUACUUAUAUUAAGAUUAUUAUUAUUGAAUUUGGUUUAAUUUUAUUUUUUUAUCCCAAUUGUUUUUUAUGUU